UUUCAGCUGACUUUUUUCCACGACCACGUCGAAGCCAUGUCCAUUUGCCUUCAUGUCUCUCUCCUGAGCGGCCGGGCAGUGGAGAUAUGGGUGAAGCCUGGCUCUUCCAUCGUGGAGGUGAAACGUCGGGCGCAGCAGAUGCUGGGCGUUUCUGGCCUAUGCCGAUUGCUGAAGCAUGACGGAUCUAAGGCAGAGGGACUGGUUUGCGAUGGCCUAUCCCAUGGCGAUGCCUGGACCCUCCAACUGAGCUCCUUUCGCGUCCUCGCGAGCACCGCCUAUGCGUUUGCCGGCCUACGGGGCGAUGGCAGCCUGCUGCUGUGGGGCGUUGAAUGUCCAAGUGUUCUUGGAUGUUCUUGGACAAAUCGACGGAAUCCACGUAACGACCACGACCACGUAACACGUAGGUCGACCAUUCAAAGCCACUGCCGGAAACAAAGACGAAACCACACGAAAACGCCGAACACGUUUUCAACGGUCUCACGACGGUCUCACGACGAACACGGUCGACCAGGUCGACGUCCCUGGGGGCGAAGGGUGGGCCUUCAGGCUCCACGUGCUGCCAUGCUCACGCCAUGGCCUCCAAGCGCAACCAUAGCGAUGGCCUCCUUAAUAGCGAAUGACGCAUUUUGAGUCAUUUCUCCCGCGACUCGUUGAGCCCCCGAGGUUCUCCCAGGUGGUGAGGAUGCUGAGGAGCUGAAGGAUGUGCAAGACGUGACGGCCACGAGUGACGCAUUUGCCGCUGUCAUACAGGAUGGUUCGGUUGUCACUUGGGGCAGAGCUGACUGCGGUGGGGAUAGCUCUGCCGUCCAAGAGCAGCUGUGUGGCGUGAAGCAGAUCACAGGAACCAGGUGCAAUACGCUUUGUUAUUCGGGAGGGGUAAUCUCGGACACUGGAGCAUUUGCCGCCAUCCUCAGUGAUGGGUCUGUGGUCACUUGGGGUAGUGCAGAGUGCGGCGGUGACAGCAGCUCAGUCCAGCAUCAGCUGAAGGACGUGCAAGACAUUGCUGCCACAUCCAGUGCUUUCGCUGCGCGCUUGAAGGACGGUUCUGUGGUGAGCUGGGGACAGGGAGGUGUUUGGCAGGAGCAAGAUCCUCUUCGCCGUGUGAGGCACAUAGAAGGCUCUGAUGAUGCGUUUGCAGCAAUUCUGGAUGAUGACUCUGUAGUCACUUGGGGCAGUGGCCAUGGAGCGCAUAGCUGUCAUGUUGAGAGCCAACUGCGAGGUGUGCAAGAAAUCUCAGCGACCUGUGGAGCUUUUGCAGCCAUCCGGCAAGACGGAUUGGUUGUGACCUGGGGUGAUGCAGAGUGUGGUGGUGACAGUCGAGCUGUUCAGGCACAGCUAAUGUACAGGCUGUUGCAGCCACUAAGAGCAAAGGGAAACAUUGUGAACACGCAGAAAAAGGGGCAUUUGCCGCCAUCCUCAGUGAUGGGUCUGUGGUCACUUGGGGUAGUGCAAAGUGCGGCGGUGACAGCAGCUCAGUCCAGCAUCAGCUGAAGGACGUGCAAGACAUUGCUGCCACAUCCAAUGCUUUCGCAGCGCGCUUGAAGGACGGUUCUGUGGUGAGCUGGGGUGGCGACCGCUUCCCCUCGAGCCACGAGAAGGUCAAGGACCAGAUGUGGGACAUUCUCGAGGUUCAUGGAUGCGAAUCCACCUUUACUGCCCUGCGCAGUGACGGUCAUCUUAUUUGUUGGGACACCUGGGAAGAUGCCCAUUACACGAUCGACAUCGAUCGUGAAUUAUAAUUCACCAAGUCCAGGCAGUCCAAACACGUGGCGGGUACGGGGGCACGGGCAUUCUCGUGGCUGACGUGGCGUACCUGCAACCGGCUUCAACAUCUGAUGUGUUCCACUUUACCCCACACUGUCGGGGCUUAAAGUAUUCUCUUUUGUUGAACAAUGACGAUAUAUGCUUCACCUUUGUACGAUACAGUACUGGGUAUGACGAAAGGCGCUUCAUCUUGGCCUACAUUCUCUUUUUGUGUCGGUGUUCCGAACCAUCACCACUUUUGAACGCCGACUCCCUCGCAAGGUAGUUUGUGGCUUUAGCUUGGCACAACGAAUCGUAGCCUUUGGGGGGGCUAAUGAAGUCAUUAAUUAAUUUCAAUAUACUUUAUAUAGACCGGGGACCUUAUUGUCAAAUGUUUCUUGUCCAGAUGCAACAAAAACUCUGGUCUUGCCUCCUAUACGCCAUUCGAAUGCAUUCGAUUGUACCUGGGCCUUCUUGACCCUCGAGGCGUUCUUUGUAAAAACCGGCGGAGUUGUUUGCCUAAUGAAGUUAGGCAGAAUGUAUUGCCUAUUGAGGGUCGGUAUGCAGAAGAAUCUUGCAGCUCCAAUAUGAUCAUAUUGGGACGCGCAACUUCACCAUGCUUCGCAAAGUUGCACGAGCGACGAGCAAACACGAGGGCAACAUGUAUACUUUUCCACACCGGUGAGAAAAAGACAUGUGUACAUGUGGAGCAUUUUGGGAUGUGAUUCAAUGAAACACAGCAUGUUCACCAGGCCGUCCAGGCCGGUCGAUGUGG